AUUACCUCAUCCCUGAGUGCUGGCUCCAGUCAUCAUAACAAUAUAGUACAGAGCACCUGGGACUCCGCUGCCUCCGCUGCGUCUUUCCGUCCCGCCUGGCCGGCCCGCUGAUCCUGCUGCAGGUGCUGCUGCCGCCUCGUUAGCUUUCCUCGGAGCCGGUUUCCGAAAGGGAUUGACAAGGCUGUCCCAAUGGGUGGAGAGAGGAAGCCUCCCCAGGCCAUGCAAGCCCAAAAACUGGCAGGAAUACUGAGGGAGGACAGUGAAGGCGUCUUGGUCAUUGACUGCCGACCCUUCACCGAAUACAACAACCUCCAUGUGGUCGGCUCAGUAAAUUUGUGUGGAUCCAAGUUGGCUCGCAAGCGCCUCCUGAAGGAACUGCUGGUCCUACCACAGCAUCCCAAGGUUGAUGAGAAGCAAGUGGUGGUGUAUGACCAGGGCAACCAGGAAUCCUCUGCAGGGCACUUUGUGUCUCUGGUACUGGGAAAGCUGGAGAAGAAGUACAGCUCUGUGUCGCUUUUAGAAGGUGGCUUUGCAGAGUUCUCAUCUCAAUUCCCAAACUUGUGUGAGGGCCGCACGUCCAACAUCUUGCACACCAGCAUAUCCCAGCCCUGCCUGUCUACAUCUUCAGUCUCCGUCACCCGAAUAUUGCCUCAUCUCUACCUGGGCUCUCAGAAUGAUGUCAUGAAUCAGGAGGUGAUUACUCAGAAUGGCAUCACCCAUGUCCUGAACGUCAGUCACAGCUGUCCGCAGCCAGUCUUCAUUCCCGACAACCACUUCCUACGCAUCCCCAUCAAUGACAGUUACUGUGAUAAGAUCCUGCCUUGGCUUACUGCAGCCGUGGAGUUCAUAGAAAAGGUUGAGUUGGUCAAUGGGAAAGUAUUGGUUCACUGUCUGGCUGGCAUCUCAAGAUCGGCAGCUGUCGCCAUUGCUUAUAUAAUGAGGUCGAUGGGUCUAAGCCUGGAUGAUGCCUACAGGUUCGUAAAAGAUAAAAGACCCACCAUCUCUCCCAACUUCAACUUCCUGGGACAGCUUCUCGAGUUUGAGAAGAGCCUUGCAAACGCCGUGCCCUCUAGCCCUGUUAAAGCUUCUCACACGGACAGCCUGGCAGAGAGAAAGUUUUCUGAUCAUCACUGUGUUAAAGAGCAGACAAACAAGGACACGUCUUGCCAAAAUAACUGCAGCGACACCGCGAGUACUCAGGAAAUAGAAGUAGCUAUCGAUGCCACCAAACUGGAUGACGGCCAUACGAAGUCCACUUCCACCUCAUUGGAAGGCAGGUUUACUUCAAUGGGGAUCUCUUCAGACCAGCGUCGGGAAAUAAGCAGUUUGAAACGCUCCUUCUCUCUGGACAUUAAAUCUGUAUACACUCCUCUUUCCUCUUCUGUUGACACACACAUGGACUUUUGUCAGCACUCCAGGUCCCAGCUGGUACCGUCCCUCCCUGUUGCUUCAAGGCCUUUGGGACUCUGGGAUCGAUUUAUUGGCUUUGGACUUAAUUUUAUAUAUUACUGUUCCGAAGAGGAAGAGGUCCAGAAAAAGCUGGGCCAGAUAGAAAGACCAAUGGGGGCCUUUCAGCAACAAGAUGUGCCGGAAAAUCUGAAAAAGCGAAGGGCAGGUAUGAAAGACCUGGAUGAAGUAGGCCAACGUCCGUUUACUCUGAACAUUCCCAGUUGCAAAGGCCAAAAAUUUUUGCAAGAAAAAAGCUUGGAUGUGGGCUCAAGCACAAGGACAAUCUCUCCUGUACCUCUGUGAGGGACCAAUCAGAUUGCCCUCAGAAUGCACCACUUCCACUGGCUGCUGUGUUUAUGGGGAAGAUGAAGAAUUUGUAAAACCUGUUUACGCAACCCCCGCCACCCUAAGGAAAAAAAAACAUUCUUUUCCAAAGCAUGUUAAAGACUUCUGACAGACUUGAAUAGCAUGCUGACAAAUAACUGUUAAAUGUUUCUUCAUAUUGAAUGAACAAAGGUGGACUUUGGGUACUUUUUUAUGGUGACCAGUAUUUGGUUUAGUGCAGUGUGUGCCAAAGAGGUCCUAGAACACUCUUUGGCUGUUUGGUGAGGUAGGAAUUUGCAGUCAGACAGCAUCAAAGUGGUCAGCGGUCUCCCCACCCCCCUCUUUUUUUGGGUUGUUUAAGGCUUAUGCAAGCCAGCAGUAAGUAGCUCUUGUUGCAAUAUAAUGGACUGAAGAGACUUAUUUGCUGUAACUCUGCUGCACUGUUCAGAUGUCCAUCUUAUCACCCUCUGCCAUAAGCUAGAAAUGGGUUUGUUUCAGUUGGCUUCAUCAGUGGAGCUCUCCAGAACACUGGGGUUGCGAGAAUAUGUUAUCCCCUCCCAACGCCCAUCUUUCAAAAUUUUUUGGUUCUCAAGUGGUGUAUUGUGAUCAUCCUGCUUGAAACGUUGAUCCUUUCUUGGUCCUUUUCCCCGUCCAAUUACAUGGAGUAUUGUAAGGUUCUUGCGGAGAAUGCUCCUCUCUACUUCACCCUUGUGUAACGUAGAUCGACGUCAAGGGUUUAUCUUUGGUAUAUUUUAUAUUCCUCUAGGUCCUACAGGCCUAGAAGCCAAGACGUGUCUGUGAAAAUAUGUGACUGCCCUUAUAGCCCUUCAUUUUUUUUUCUGUUUAUUGAUGUGAAAUUAUUUAAUGCUCUUCUUGCUUGCUCGGGGGCCAGCCCCGGCAUACAACUCAGUUGGUGACCCACCUCUCAGGAUCCAAGGACAAUGAGAUUGCCCUUAUUUAUAAAGUAGGUGGUACAAGAGCUUUUCUCUUUAUUUGUUCAUUAUUUAUUUAUAUAAAUAUAUAUAAAUGUGUUUUAUUUCCUCUUGCUUUGGUCAAUAACCAUUGAAGCUGCUAGUCUUUUUUCUUUACUGUUGUGAUGGCAUGCUAAAUUGGCUGAACCUAAGGCUUUGGUAUCUGCAGAAGAUAGGCGUGUAUAUAUAUAUAUAUAUAUAUAUAUAUAUAUAUAUAUAUAUAUUGAAACCUGGCAACUUGAGAGAAGCAUGCCACUGUAUAUAAAUGGCAUUUAUGGAGUGCCAAGCUAUAGCUGAUCUGGACUAGAAGAAAUAACGUGGGUUGGAAUAUUUUCUAUAGAUGCAACCUAUAUCUAUUGGGCAGUAAGUGGCCUUCAGUGAGCCCCGGAAGCAUUUAUUUCCAGGUAAAGAGCAUGCUGUAGCAUUCAGAGUGAACUGUUCUCAAACACUGCUGAAACAGCCAUAUAUAUUAUUGCAUGUCUGGUUUUGUUGGCAGGUCAGGAGAAGCGUUUUAUCUACAUUCGCUUGGUUUCUAGGUAGAAUUAAUACUUGAUGAACUUGGAUAAAUGGAGUACAGGGAAACAUGGAUACACAUGAUUAGUGAUGGGCAAAUUUGUCCCGUUUUGAAACGUGAAAAAUUUGCGAAGCGAGAAUCUUGACAUCAAUCAAUUCUGAUGUUUAUGUCAAUAUUGACGCUGGAGUUAGUCAAUUGGCAUCCGAAUAAUGGUUAUGCGAACUGAUUCGGACGCAAGCAACUUUUCAGACGAGUGUCCAAAAUCUUUUGACGCCUGCAGCAAAACGUGGCGAUUCUGCGCAAAUUUGCCCAUCACUACACAUGAUGGCUACAGUAGAUGUGAAAAGUCGCCUCCAUCUAUUAUUGGCUGUUCGUAGAUGACAUCUUAGCUUAAUUAGCCAAUGGCAGCAUCCAAUCAUCUGUAUAAAUGUGAGGUAUGGGGGAAUAAUGAACUGUACACACAAUAAGCGAUACCCUUACCUUUUCUGUUGAGUUGAAGUGAGUGCAAUACAAGACCUCCUUUAUACAUAGGGUACGUUUUCCCUUUUGGCAAUCGAAUCACUGAAUUCAUGGUUACGCCUAAAAUAUGUCCCAUCUCUAAGGCUUUAUAGCAUUAAUGGUCCCAUACUCAGGUCCUGGUUAGAGUAGAAUUAUAGCCAUUAUAAUUCUUGGGUACGCUACUAGCAUUAUAAUUCCUGGGGACAGUAUGAUGUCUAAUGGUUAUCAACUGCUGGAGGGUUCAACCCUAUGGGACUAACUAUGGAUAAAACACUUAGGGGCAGAUUUGUUAAAGGUCGAGUUGUAUUUUCCCUGAAAAAGGUAGUUUUCAGUCAAAACUCGAAUUUUACUGGUUUAAAAAAAAAAAACUUGAGAUAUAUCUUGCCCUGAAGCUGGAAAUGGCUCAAAUCCAAAAAUACACCGGCUAAAAACUGUCAAGGUCAUGUAGAAGUCAGAGGUAGAAACGUCUGAAGAUGUUAAUAGCCUUCAUGGUGUUCAGGUUUUUUUUUCGGUAGGUUUCACUUGAAAUCUCAAUUAACUUGAACAAUUCGAGAUAUUUCCGACAGAAAACUUUCACUCCCAGUUUGCUGAUUCGAGUUUUUUUUUUUUUUACAUUCAAGUUUUUCAUAAAUCAGAAAACAUUCGAGUUGGGAGUUUAUUGGAGGUAUAAAAAAAAAAAAAACACACGCUCAACCUAUGGCAAAUAACCCCCCUUAAUCAGGUUAACGCUACUCGUCAGCCCCAAAUGUUCUUGAGUCGAAAUUGUGCAUCAAUCACCUUAUAUAACCUUGUGAGUUGGGUGCAAAGCAGUCCAGGAACCCUUGCCAGGGGUUACAUAGACAUACAAGAAUAAAAUGCUGCUGCAGAACCUCUUUGUUGCAAAAAGUGAAAAAUGUAAUUUAUUAGAUCAGACAACAUCUCGAUUGAAAAAGGACGAGAUUCAGCCCAAAACGUCACCUGGGUGUCUGAUCUUAUAAAUAAAAAUGUUCACUUUUUGCAACUAAGAGGUUCUGCAGCUGUGUUGUUUCCCCCCAAAUGUUCUUGAUGUUCCAUCGUCUUAGAAGCCAUUCAUUGAAGAUCAUUGAAAGGUGAUGAUGCAAAGGCUAAUAACCAAGCAUGUUCUUCUCCGGUAGCUUAGCGUACCACCAAGCCAGCACUUUUUUUUUUUUUUUCCAUAAAGAACAGCUUUGAUGUAAAACAAACCAGGAUCGCUAAAGCCGAGGCCAAAGAAACUGUAACGCACUGUAACUGGCCGGAAAUCUGAGAAGGACCAUCGACUUUUUAAUUUUUUUUUUUUUUUUGCUGAUGGAUCCUUAAAUACUGAAUGAGAAUUCUGGCCAGUGGGUACGAAAUCACAGCAUUCGUUCUCCUUUUCUAUGUAUACGUAUACUCGCCAACUGUAACCAAAUACCAUUCUGAUUCUGUCAUUGAGAAAAUAAUGGGUGUCCUUUAUUUAUUGCAAUACCAUGUUAUAUCGUCUUCUUCUGUUGGCUCUCUCUCUUUAUUUUGUCACUGUGCAGGUACACAAUAGUCCUGAGGUUCUACCAGGUGAAUGUAUUGCUCCCUAGCACUUCUCUGGUUGACGGUAAUAAAGAUGUGAAUCUUUUCUUUUU